AUGCCGAGAACUAUCACAGAACUUCAUGAUAAAGUUAAAUUGUCUGAGGAAGGUUCCGUGGGCCAUAUUCACUGCAUCCUUCAUUCAAAAAGUAACAAAAAACAUGGCACAGAUGAGACUGAGCACUUUCAGGGUGGUAUAGUCAAGGACUACAGGUGGACAGUGGCUUUAAAGAUCCGCGGGGCAGCCCCGCCCCUCGCCCGCGGAGGUUGGCUCCAGCUGGGGCGGCAUUGCCUGGAUAGGCGCAGAGAGGGCGGGGCUGCGCGCGCAAGGCCGGUGGCUCCCGGUGGCGCCGCUGCUGGGGCGCGGGUGGCGGCUGAGUGCGGGUGGUUGGACGUGCGGGGCGCCGAGAUCCAUGGGGAAGUAGGGGAGCGGCUGAUACCGAACCGCACGCGAAGCCCGGCUCCUGCGCGCGAGAGCGGGGGUGGUGCGUUCGUGUGUGCGCGUGAGUGUGUGUAUGUGUGUAGAGCUCUGGUGCGGUGCGCCAGCCGCCAGUGCCCGGGUGCGAGUCCCCCAUCGUUUUCCACACCCUCCCUCCGUCCCUGUUCCUUCCCUGCCACCCUCCCCGCGUCCCCACGGCCGCAAGCCGAGCAAAAGCCCACGGAAGCAGGUGGGGGGGGGGGUGCGGGGCGGGCGGUGUCGUGCGAGACAAAGGGGCCCGGGGGUCAGCCCGCCAUGGCCUCCCGGAGCCUGGGGGGCCUAGGAGGGGGCCGCGGCGGGGGCGGCGGCGUCAAGAAGAGCCUGAGCGCCCGCAACGCCGCCGUGGAGAGGAGGAACCUGAUCACGGUGUGCAGGGUUUCCUGUGAAGACCCUGAUUGAUCGGUCCUGCUUUGAGACAAUUGAUUCUUCUCCUGAAUUCACCAGAUUUGCAGCCAUUUUGGAACAGAUUCUGAGUCACCGACUGAAAGAGAGUUCCCAAAGUUGCCGGUGGCUGUCUCAUCUGCAAAUACCUCUUCAAGGUACUCUAUGCUGGUGAUGUCUCCCGCCACUGAGCUGCACGGGAGCAUGGAGUUGACUUACUGGGGAGGGCUGUAUCAGUUAAGUGAUCUUUCUUCGUACAUUGCAUGGGUUUUGCAAAGCUUUCUGCUUUUAUUAAUCCAGAGGGCAGAACUAUGCUUACACUGAUUUUUAAAUUAAAAGCUUUUUGUUAACCCACACAAUAUAAUACUCCAUUUACUCUCCUACAUGACCCCGUCUAUAUUUCUAUUAAGUUUCCUGGUUUUAAGCACAAUUUUAUUAAUCAUGUGUAUCUGUGUUACUUAUAUUUUACUAUAACUCACUAAUAUAAGACUUACUGGUUAUUUUCUGUUUGUAAGUGCUUUGUAGUAAUAUUUGAAUUACAUGCAAACUGGGGCUCAGAGAAGCUAUGAAUUUUCCAAAGUUACUCAGUAAAACAUACAUGGGUGCUAUCAACAGUCACUACUGGUUUUAAACCACUAGUGGGAUUAUAUUCUUUAGUUUCCUUUCUUCAAGGUAAAAUAUAUGCCUUAACUCACUUAUUUGAAACUUUUUUUAUUGUGUUCCUGCUGUAUACAAAGCACUUCUAGGCCUCAUGCUAAUGACCUGGCCUUUUAUUAUAUUUUUUCACUUAGAAAAGAAGUACAUAGUUGUUAUUUUUAAAGAUCACUUAU